AUGAAGCUCCUGCCGGCGGCUUUGCUCCUGCUGUUCCUCGCCAUGUGCAUAGCCAGCGCGGAAGGGGUAAAGUGCAAGUGUUCAAGGAAAGGUCCUAAAAUAAGAUUCUCCAACGUACGGAAGCUGGAGAUAAAACCAAGGUACCCGUUUUGUGUGGAAGAGAUGAUCAUCGUGACCCUGUGGACACGGGUGAGAGGGGAGCAGCAGCACUGCCUGAACCCCAAACGUCAGAACACAAUCAGGCUGCUCAAGUGGUACAGAGUAUGGAAAGAGAAAGGCAG